GCCGUCGUGAACUUGCUCUGACCAUCAAGGUUCUCAAGCACAGACCACCCAGCAACAGAAGUCUCGCUACUUCUGCAGCUCCACAACGCACGUCCCUCUUCUCUUUCUUCCACCACGCUAACGAAGCGCCAAAUCAACGCACGGACCAUACCAAGCCCACAGGCUUCACAGUGCGAAGAUGAAUCAAGGCGGCCGGGACCUCGAGACCAUUUGGGAAGACACAGAGGACGAAGUUGAUCUCCUCCAUGUCGACCCUGCCAACCUCGACCGACCUUCCAACCCAAUCGCCGCCGGAUCUUCUUCUCCCCCGCUUCCCCCCCCCUCUCACAUCCAGCACCCGAAUCUUCCCUCUUACGAGGACGAACACAGCAAUCAACCUGCCCUGCCCGCCCAGACCGAUCACACUGAUCAAAUCCUCGACGACAACGUCUCCGUCGGCGACUCUGACGGUCUCGGUCUAGACAGCACUCCUGAGACAGAGGGUGAUUUUUUGCUCGACUGGAUCCGCAACCACGCCGAAGCCCGUGACGCCGACCGCAACCACGACAAUAACGAAGCGGAUAUAACCUCUGAGCUCGAGGGCCCGGAUACCGACAGCGACGCCUCGUACGCGACGAGCACCAGUUCCUGGGAGCUCGAUAGCCGCACAUCAAGCCAGAUAGUUUCUUUGCCGGAUAUCACGGAGGUGCCCGAGGUGAAGAUCCUCGAGGUUGAGGCCACCGAGACAAGUCGGGCGAUUGUUAGACUCUGGAUCGGACACGCCAGCAUGAAUAAAGACGCCCACUACUCCUACGUCCACUUCCACCACUCCUUCCACGCCGACCUCCUCGAAGAGUUCCGCAAGGACUCCAAACUCCCCAAUGACGACAUUUACGUCCCGCCUCACCUCCAGCCUGUCAAUCCCGAGGACGAGGACGAUGUCGUCCCCGAUCAGCACGCCGCCUUCGGGAUUCAAAAGGCGACUCAGAAGGUGAAGGAGCCGGCUUGGAGGGACUUGGGGUUGGAGGAGCUCAUGUCGAGGGGCCCUGGGGGUGGGAAUGCUCACCAGGGUCCGUGGGCCAACAACAGCCGGCCUGGGACUUCGUCUGGUGCUGGGGCUGCUGCGGCUGGGGGUGCUGCUGGCCAUGGGAAUGCUGCCCCGCGCAGACGCCCUGGUCAUCGCGCUCCGGGGUCGGGGUACCGCGGCUUGCCGCGCUGAUUGCUGGUCUGAGCUAGCUCUGGUUGCGCUCGCUCGCGCGUGUGGUCACUGAUGGCUGGGAUGGUAACGACAUUCGGCAUUCGGGGCAAUUUCAGACUGAAGAGCAUUGCUUUGGCGUUUGGCUUGGUUUCACAGGGUCAUCAGGUUGCAUCAGCUCGGACAAACUGGGGUUUCCUGUGGAUUAUCGGAUAGGUGUUUGGGGCGCAUAUCGGAGCAGGAAAUUAUACCCAUCAGGUUUCAGAUUGAUACACAUAGUCCAUAACCAAUUGAUACAGCCCUCUUUAUGAGCGCUCGUUUACUCUA